GUAUUGUAAGUUGGUUUGUAGUUGACGGAGCUUGUAGGUUUGGAUCGACCCACGCCGGGCGCAGUCACCUACAGUGUACGUCCCUCGUUGCAGCUGAUCACAACUCCUCGAUCGUUCUCGACUCAUCAGACUCUUCCGCUCAUCACUCACGACUGAAGAUUCGAUCGACUCGCGAAAAGCUAUCAACGCAAGUCCACCUCUCGGCGAGCUUGUUCAGGCUGCUGAUUCGAAAGCAAUCAAUCACCCAGACUGGUGACUACUUUGAGGCUGAGCGCGACAUUGCGCGCACGCGUUUCUCUCGCACUCAAAUCAGGUGUCAGCGCAGCCGCGCCGCUAUACGCCAAUAACGCCUUCAUCAAGCAUAUAGCAGAGCGUGGUAAAUUCUGCUUGCAACGACACCGCCGGCCACUCGCUUGGAGCCCUUGCCGCCUCGGCCUUCUGUACUCGUCGAUCUCGCCCCCUCCUCUGCCCUCUUUGCGGCCCGUCCCUUUGCCCACCAUGGCUCCAAAUGACCCCGACGACCUCUACUCCGACUUGUAUGGCGAGGAGGGCGACAUUGGCGCCAACGUCGUGGAUGAGCAAAAUCAUACAAACAACGACGAUAUUUACGGUACCUCGUCUACCGCCAACAAGUUUGGGCCCGAUUCAUCCGCUACCGCUCACGCACAAUCCACCGCCUCUCGUUCCUUCAUUCCGCCCCCUCCAUCGGGCAAGGGGGCAGGAUCCUUCAUCCCACCAGAUCCCAAAAAGGAACCUUUGCGAGAAUCUGCGACUCCUGUGCCAGUGCCUGUACAAGCUGCUAUUUACAACGACGACGCCCGCGUUCAGUCCACUCAGUCUGCUGUGCAACCUGUAUCUCAACCAGACUCUACUACAAACACCUCAGGGACUAUACAUCGAGUAAUGCCGCACGAGAUGCCAGAUGACGGGAAGAUGUUUGUUGGAGGGCUUAGUUGGGACACCAACGAUGAGGCUCUUGCGAAGCACUUCAGCCAGUACGGCAAGGUCACCCACUGCACUAUCAUGCGUGAACCGGGCUCUGGGAGAUCGCGAGGGUUUGCCUUCCUCCGCUUCGCCGACCCUUCGACAGUCAAUGUCGUCAUGGUGAAGGAGCACUUCCUGGACGGGAAACUUAUCGACCCCAAACGCGCAGUUCCUCGAGGAGACAGCCAAAAGACGCUACGCUGCUUUGUUGGUAGCAUCCCUCAGACAGCCACAUCCGAAUCCUUUAGACGCACCUUUGAACCCUUUGGGGAGGUUACGGAGAGCAACCUGAUGAUGGACAACCAGACAGGCAGGCCUCGAGGAUAUGGGUUUGUCUCCUUCACCACUGAGGAGAGCGCCGAAAGGCUGCUCGCCUCGCAGCCACUCUAUCUGGAUGGCAAACAGAUCGAAGUCAAGAAAGCACAACCAAGGGCCGAUCGCAAUGCAGACAAUGGUCGAAGAACCAACGUUCGCGAUGUGCAGUCACAGCGCGACGCAGGCUCGUCUACAGGCGGUGAUACCUCCUCGAGCCUGCCAACGGGCAUAGGCAUGGGAAUGACCAAUGGCGGAGCCUUCGACCCUCAAGCUAUGGCGCAGUUCUUCCAACAGACCGGGUGGGGCAACAACUUCAAUCCGAUGAUGUUCCAGCAGAUGAUGAUGGGCGGGGCCAUGGGGGGCAUGCCAGGCAUGAUGGGUGGUAUGGGCAUGCCUGGUAUGAUGGGUAUGCCGGGCAUGCAGGGUAUGCCGAACAUGGGUGGCAUGGGCAUGCAAGGGGGUUAUCAAGGACAGAUGGGUCAGAAUGGGAUGGGAGGUGGCGGAGGUGGAGGUGACAAUUACGGCCACUCUUCAAGCUGGGGACAAGCAGGGACAGGCGGUGGGAACGCAAAUGGCCGAUCAACUCACCGCGGCUCGCCAAUGGAUCGAGCGACCGGUUCAGGAAGUCGCGAUGGAGAUCGUUAUCACUCGUCUAGCGCUGGGCACGACCAGAGCAGAGGAGGCAGAAGCCCCGUGCCGCCGCAAACCCAUGCGCUGCCUCGUAGACCGGAAGCCAGCCUACCACCCAGACCCAACAUGUCAGCGCGCGGCAUUUCUUCUUCGGAAAGGCACUCAGCUCAGCCCGGCGAAGGAGAGCAGUCGAACCAACAGCAGCAACACGGAAGACGAUCUAGGUCGCCACAAGCUCGAGAGGACUCGUCCAGGACGCGAGAAAGGUCCCCUAGACGUGGAGGCGACUACGGUCAGAGGCAAGGGAGAUGGUGAGAAAAUUCAUGUAAGAAUCUGGGACCAUGUGUCGCACACCAGAAUGACGGUGCUCGAAAUGAUGCGCACGCAAUAUUAUCGUCAAUGUACGAGAGAGUUCAUUCGUUGUUAGUCGCACACCA